AUCAAGCUUUCUUUUAAUCGAAGAUUCCUCAAAGCAUAACAUAUAGUACCAAGCUUUAGAUCGCCACUUCUCUUUCUUGCAUGAGGUAAUUUACUUUUUGGACUGAGUUUUUAAAGAGAAAUGAGUGUAUUUCCUAGAUUUGUUGGCUGGAUCAACCAGAACAUACAAGAGCCUCUUAAGGCCGAGUCCAAGAAAUCUGAAAAUGUUGAAUCUAAUUCAGUGUCAGAGGAAGAUAGUAGUAAUAAACGGGAAUUUUAUUAUGACAAAGCGGAGGCCAAGAAGCAAGGAAAACUUUGGAGAGAUGCACAAAAGAAGAAACCAUGGUAUGAUGCUCCUGGUAAGGUGAAGGUGACAACAAAAAAGGGUCUUUGCCACAUGCACAUAGAGUUAACAGUGGGAUUGCCUCCUGAAGGAGUCUACGAUUUGUUCGCUAAUCCAAACAACUUUCCUUUCUUCAGGAUCGACAAUGAGACUGGGCGUGAACUUUUGCAAAACAAAUCAAGAAAGGUUUUGAUGAAGGAUGGACCAAGGCAGGUCGUGCAGUUGGAGAAAGCUCUGACCUAUGACUUUCUUUGGUGGUAUAGAGCUUUUCCGUUUACUCUAAUUGCUGAUGAAAACCAAAAAGAAUUUACAGCAAAAUAUAAGAAAGAGAAAAUGAUGUUCAUGAAAGUAUUUGAGGGUUCUUGGAAAAUAGAGCCAUUAUAUGUGGAUUCAGAACGCUUGUGCAAGGAGAGAGAGCCAAAGAGUCGAGAAGAAUACAAAAGAUGUAGCGGCGGACAAGGAAAGGUUGCAUCUAAAGUGACAAUGGACCAGUACUUCCAACCAUAUUCUUUUCUUAAUCUACCACCGUCAUCUUGGUACAUUCGUCGGAUCACCAUCAAAACCACAAAAAGACUGCUCAAACAAAUUCAAGAUGCAAGUAUCAUGUUCCGAGACGCUUGAAACCAGCCCCUUAACAUUUGGCAUUUAAUUUACCACUUCUAUUUUGGCAGUAGUAUUAGACACAAAAUGCUAUAUUUAAAAUCCGCAUAGUGGGAUACUAAGCUUGAAAAAUGUAAAUUUACGUAUUUUUCAUUUAGCGAACAAACAAUCAAUAUAU